GGCACGAUUGCAAAAUAGUCCUUCAAUUGAGCGGCACAAUUGCAAAAUAGUCCUUCAAUUGAGGGGCGUCCUUCAAUUCACAGGCACAAUUGGCAAAACAGACCUUCAAUUGAGGGGCACAACUGCAAAACAGUCCUGCAGUUGACGGGUACGAUUGCAAAGUGGUCCUCCAAUCCAUGGGCGAAAUUGCGAAGUAGUCCCUCCAGUGGACAGUCACAAUUGUAGUUAGUUGCUUCCUUUGAUCGAUAGUGUGUCGGUUUCAACUGCAGGAUAAUCCAAUCGAUUGAUCAUGUGGUGUGUCGGUUUCGAUUGCGAAAUAUUCCAAUCGGUCGUGUAGCUCACGAUUGCAUAAUAGUACAUUGAUUGAAAGUGGCGAUCACGAUUGCAAAAUUGUGCUUCAAUUGAUGGUCACAGCUGCAAAAUAGUCCUUCGAUUCACCUUGAAUCAAUGGUGUAGAUCAUGAUUACACCAUAGUGCUUUGAGUGGCAGCGCAGUGUGCACAAUUGCGAAAUUGCCCUUCAAUUGGCAGUCGCAGUUGCACCAUAGUCCUUUUAGUGCCAGCAGUGCGCACGGUUGCAAAAUCGCCCUUCAAUUGGCGGUCACAGUUGCAAAGUAGUUGCUUAGUUGACGGGAGCAAUCACGACUGCGAAGUAGUCUUUGAAUAGACGUUUGCGAUUGCAAGUGAUGGCGGUCGCUAGGUGUGCCGCAUGGGCUGUGUCUCCGAGCAACCGACUGACAGAUCUCAAUUCGAAUCGGUUAAAGGGUGGUGCUUGUCUGAGUGAAUCACCCAGCGCAUGGAGAGUCCUUCCAGGUUCUCUCAGCUCUUCGUCUUCCUCAAAGGCAUGUCCGGGUUUCUUUGGUGGAGAUUCGAACACGCUCCUCUUUUCACCGGCGAAUGGCGUUGAUCGCGAGUGCUUCCACUGCAAGUCCAAGCCUGCCGUAUUGCAUAGAUGCUCUGGAAGAGGAAUCUCGUCUGGCCAUUUUCGUGCUUGUGCGGCACCCUCAGCAGCACCCAGUGUGAACACGUCGUCGCCGGACUUGGCUGUCGAGUCACUCGAGCCAUUGCUAGCCACGGAACCACAACCCAGCCAAACCAUCGCCAAGGCGUUCGCACCGGCGACAGUUGCGAACCUUGGGCCCGGCUUUGACUUUCUUGGGUGCGCAGUGCAGGGUCUAGGGGAUCAUGUCGUAGCCGAACUGAGCGAUCAUGUGCCGCCUGGCGAGGUGGAGAUCGAAUCGAUUGAGGGCGACGGCGGCCGACUCAGCCUCCUGCCGCUGAAGAACUGUGCGGGAAUCGCCGCGAAAGCCACCCUGAGACUCCUGGGUGUGCGGUCUGUCGGCAUCACCCUGCGAUUGCUGAAGGGCCUGCCACUUGGCAGCGGGCUGGGCUCGAGUGCUGCGAGCGCAGCAGCCGCAGCCUGUGCUGUGAACGGUCUGUUCGGUUCCCCUUUGAGCGGGUCGCAGCUCGUGACCGCAGGACUGAUAUCCGAAGCGGCCGUUAGUGGUUAUCACGCCGAUAACAUCGCGCCUUCGAUCUUAGGAGGCUUUGUGCUGGUUCGGAGUAUGGAACCCCUCGAGAUCAUCCCAUUGCCCUGGGGAUCUGCACGGGCGACGACGGGUCAGGACGCAGCAGAUGGGGGGGACGCCAGGCGCUCGUCGCCGGUCUUUGUGAUCGUCUCGCCGGCAUUUGAGGCACCGACAAAGGAGAUGCGCGCUGUCCUUCCUAUGGACAUCUCCAUGAAGUCGCACAUCAACAACUCAACGCAGGGUGCAGCACUCGUCGCAGCAAUUUUGCAGGGAGACGCGAAGCUGCUCGGUGCGGCCAUGGCGUCAGAUGGCGUUGUGGAACCGAGACGCAUAAGGCUGAUUCCAGGAAUGGCAGCUGUGAAGAUUUCCGCGAUGAUGGCCGGUUCAUUCGGUUGCACGAUUAGCGGCGCGGGGCCCACAGCAGUUGCAGUGACUGAUAGUCGUGAGAAAGGAGAGGCCAUUGGUCAGGCCAUGCAGAAUGCCUUUCAAGCAGUUGGCAAACUGUCAGCGACGGUAUCGGUUCAAGAGUUAGAUACUGCAGGAGCGCGUUUAGUAGACCUGCGUCAGGUAUCUAGGAUAACGAAGGGCGGAAGAGCUAUAGACCUUGGAAGCAAUGGUAUGGAAGAUGUCAUUCAGCUCAGCGUACCUUGUGUAAGAUUCGAGAGAUCAAGGCCGAUGCCUAGCCGUCGGGAGUCGGCCUUAGCAGGCAGCAAGGGAAGAGCACUGACUGCAGUGCAAUGCAUGCACUGCUGUAUGGCCAGCUCGACGUGGUUGGCUCCUGCUCUUGGGAAAGCUAACGCCAUGCGAUUGGCGGCCGUCAAUCUUCGGCAGAUGAGGGAAUCGGGAGAAGGAUUCAACCUACAAAAGCAUGAUGACGAUACGACUGCCGUGCUCUCUGCCCCUGCUGCUUGGGGUGGCAAAAUGGAGGCCCCUGUAACUGGGAACGCAAUCAUUGGAGAACAGGGGGCCGAAGGAGGAGGGGGAGGGGGAGGGGGAGGGGGAGGGAGGGGUAGUUCAAAUGAUAGUGCACAGGAACUGAUGGAGGGGGCUCCGCUCCUGCAGGCAUUACAUGGACUGGCAUGUAAUGAUGAUGCCCCAUUCCAUUUCCCAGGCCACAAGAGGGGCCUGGGAUCCCCCUCUUCAUUUGUUGAGGCAAUGGGUGAGAGUAUGCUCCGGCAUGAUCUGCCAGAGCUUCCGGAGUUAGAUAACCUGUUUGCCCCAGAAGGCGUCAUCAAAGAUGCACAAGUCAAGGCGGCUGAAGUGUUUGGAGCAGAGGCCACUUGGUUCCUUGUGAAUGGCUCCACCUGUGGCCUACAGGCGGCAGUGCUGGCAACGUGUCGCCCAGGCGACUGUCUUGUGCUGCCGCGCAAUGCUCAUCAGUCGACCUUUUCAGCAAUGGUUCUUGCGGGUGCUACUCCUCGCUACAUUGUGCCCGAUUACGAUGCCUAUUGGGGUAUCUGCACGGGGGUGAGUGCCGAGGACGUUGAGACUUGUCUAGUGGAUGCCAUAGAGAAGAACGGUAAAUCUCGUGUUGGAGGAGUUCUGAUCGUCUCUCCAACUUACAAGGGCCUCUGCAGUGAUGUCAGAGGAAUAGCAAGUGUGUGCCACAGAUAUGGAGUGCCGUUGAUAGUUGACGAAGCGCACGGAGGGCACUUCGCAUUCCACUCUGCCCUCCCACCGCCAGCACUGUUUGCGGGCGCAGACAUCUGUGUGCAAUCCACGCAUAAGGUGUUGUCUUCACUGACACAGUCUGCGAUGCUACAUGCAAAAGGCGAUCGUGUGUCGCAUCAAAGGAUCUCUAAGGCACUGCAGGUACUGCAGUCUUCGAGCCCAAGUUACCUUCUUCUUAGCUCUCUUGAUGCUGCACGCGCACAAAUGACCUCCGGAUUGGACGGGAAAGGAGUCCGCGAUAGUCCUCUUCUGGAGAAUGCGCUCAAGUUGGCGAGUCGAUGCAGGUGGGCUUUGAAACAAAUGCCAGGCUUGGAUGUGCUGGGGGAAGGCAGUCUUCGAGUGCGCAAAGGAUUAGUCGCAGGUCUCGAUCCGCUGCGCAUCACCGUUCAUGUCGCUGGACUUGGUUUAUCUGGAUUCCAGGUCGACGACAUUCUGCGAGAAGAGUUGGCGGUCGUUGCUGAGCUGCCGACGCCCAAAACACUCACCUUCGCAGUCAGUGCUGGCACAACCGAGAAGCACACACAAGCUCUGAUCGAUGCAUUCAAGGAGUUGUCGAGGCGGUAUAGCAGUCGUAGGAAUGGUCUGGGGGAAGCAAUCGGCAAGCUUGCUGUCAACGGUGAAGGUAGUGCAGGCUUGGCGGAGCGCAAUACUCUUAAGGAGGACUUCCUGGCAGUAUCUCAGGGCUAUUCUUCCAGCAGCGUGGAUGACUUCGAAAUUCCACAUGAUCAAGACGGAGCGAGUAUCGGAACUGCGGAAGUCGUGAUGGAAAGACAAACAGCUUUGGGGCAUGGAUCCAUCAAUACAGCUGACGGCAAUGAAGGCUGUACGAGCGCCAGUGAACUCGGGCGAUGUUGUGAUGUCCCCGACAGCAGUUCUGCUGUCGGGAAAGCCCCUUCUGAUGAUGCUGGUCCCACGGAGUCGGCGGACCAUCCGGUGAAGUUGCACGAACCGACUUCACCUUCGGGCACUGGUGAAGUAUUAGGAGAGAAACAUAAGAAUGCUCAUCUUGAGGAAGAGGAAGAGAAUGGUGCAGAGGUAGGUAAGUUUACAAAGUUAGUGUUCUGUGCGCAGUCGGCUCUAAGCCCCCGAGAAGCAUUCUUUGCACCGUCAGAGCGCGUCAAACUAGAGGAGGCUGUAGGCCGUAUAUGUGCAGAACUGCUAGCGCCCUAUCCACCUGGGAUUCCAGUGCUGGCCCCUGGUGAAGUGAUCACCAGAGAGGCCCUUGACUGCUUGGUUGAGGUGGUUUCAUCCGGUGGGAGUGUAAGUGGGGCUCUUGAGUCCGACUUCCGAACCAUAGCAGUUGUCAGUUAGCUUACUGCUGCAGCGGUUGUUUUUGACUCAAAAAAUGUCUCGCUCAAGAAUGGGAAUUGAGCGCACUCUUGCGU